AACAAACAAAUCGACUGCGACCUAUCGACUUUUUUACACAUAAAUUCCGAUUAGUCCGCCAAAUUUCAGUAAUUUGCAAUACAAGCUACAAACAUCAUUUUAAAUUUCCUCUUUAAUAUUAUACGAUUGCAAUUAUGGUCGAAAGAAUUGAAGAUCUGAAUUUGCCCAACGCUGUUAUAUCACGACUUCUCAAAGAGGCCUUGCCCGAUGGAGCCAAUGUUUCCAAAGAGGCUAGGGCAGCCAUUGCAAGAGCCGCAUCCGUUUUUGUUAUAUUCCUGACAUCCACCUCAACAUCAUUGGCCCGCAAACAAAAUCACAAAACCAUAACUGCCUCAAACAUAUUGGAUGCUCUGAAACAAUUGGAGUUUGAGAGUUUUGUUGAUCCGCUGACCAAAGAUUUAGAUGCCUAUCGAAAAGUGGUAAAAGACAAGAAGGACAAAGCAAAGAAAGACAGCGCAGUGGCAGAGAAUGGCGAUAAGGAUGCGGCGUAGCUAUAGACUGAAAUUGGAUUGUAAUUUGUUAUAAUUAAAUUUAAACUUUUAUGGAGAUUACUAAUAAAAGAGCUAAAAUGCAUAAGUAAACGAA